AUGGAGAUGAAGAUUCGGUUUCUUAAUGCAAUGGCACAAAUGCCUAAGUAUGCUAAGUUCUUGAAAGACCUACUCUCCAACAAGAAGAAGCUUGAGGAAGAAAUAAUCAGUCUCCCCCAUCAGUUGGGGAAUUUUGAACCCAAAGGGGCGCUCGCCGAUCUAGGAGCCUCGAUUAGCCUUAUGUCAAUAUCCAUUGCCAAGAAGCUACCUUUUAGCCUCAGACCUUCCAGAAAGACAAUCCAAUUGGCAGAUAGGAGUAUAAAGGUUCCAUGUGGAGAGCUUGAUGAUGUACCUAUCCAAGUGGGAGAACUAGUGGUCCCUUGCGACUUUGUAGUGAUGGAGAUGGAAGAGGGCCCUUAUACUCCACUCAUUUUGGGAAGAGCCGUCUUAAAAACACUCCGGGCGGUUAUCAAUUUCCAUAAUGACACCAUAAAGGUGGAAGUAGCCCAGGUGAAGGUCGUAUUCAAAAUUUCCCCAAUCUUGAAGAAAUCUAUGGUUGAACAAGUGUGCCGCCUUGAAGUUGUUGAAAGAAAACUUGAGAAAUAUCAGAGGGAAAUUGGAAUUAGGUAUUCAGAGCGUGAUGAGGAUUCUUAUGAAGAAGUUGAGCAGUUGGAAGAACAAGUGGGAAGGACCUAG